AUGUUGAAACCCACGAGGGCCUUCUGGAGCGUCCAGCAGAUUGGCCUCCAGCCUUCCUCUCGGGGGUUAAGUUUAACGCAGCCACCGCCCUUAUCGGCUUAUCGCAAACGGGAUGAUCUGCCCACAGUCAAUCACUCCAAGAUCUCCCCCGACUGCAGUUUUUACCUUUACAAGUCCGACACCGAAACCGUGGCAGCAUGGCUGGCAAAGACUGCCAAGGCGUAUGGUUACCAGUUUGGACCCUCGACGGCCAAUGCCAGCUCCACCAACAACAACGAGGAGCUGCCCCCUGCGAGCGGGACUGCUUCUCCAGUGAAACAUCAACUCGCCCUCCAUGAGUUCACCAAACUGGCAGACUUCAUCGCCGCGGCCUCGGAUCCUCCCGUCAGCGUUCCGAGGUCAUUCAUGAAGGCCCUGACACGUGCCAUCUUCAUUCGGAAGAACCACAGUUGGCAAAUUAUUCCCACAAUACCGGAGGGCCCCGAAAAGCUGAUCACGACCACUCAGCACAGACACUUCAUUAACGUCCUCAAAUACGUGCGGAAGGUCCUGCGCCCCAAGGUGUCGAGUCGCCGAGUGAGAGAUCCGUUGGUCCGCAGCACGAGUGCUGCUGCCACGCCCGAGGUUCCCAAACCCCGGCAGGAUCUGAAAAAGGCCUACCUGGGCUUUGAACUUCUGAUGAAGGAUUUCCGCAGCCUCCGGACGGUCAUCAUUCGGUCGUGGCUGGGAUAUCAGGAUGGAACGUUUGACCUGAUCGCCGUGUCGCUGGUGACGAACUCAGCUAUUAACGUCGCCCGGCGAAUGCAGGAGGAUGUUCAAAAGCUAUUCGACAAGUACGGUGGAUCGUCGCAAAUACUCAAUGCCAUUUAUGUGGCGCAAUGUGCCAUUGAUGGCGAGGACCCCAACUUCCGUGAGCGGCCGGGCGAUGACCUGAACUUCCGUGUCUACGACACUGCCGAAUCAAUGAUGUUACCGACCUUUAUGCUGUUGCAGUCUUUUAACGCCCUGGUCGAGUCCGGGAACGUCCUCUCGUGUAAGCCCGGCUACUACGGGACGUUUGACCCGGCAAGCGUCCGGUCGGAGAAGAGCGUCCGGGGAAAGUACCAGGAAGACAAGAUCGUGAUGCUGGAGGCGCUGUCGGGAUUUCUCACCUUCCACCGCGGGGUAUCUCCCCAGCCAUUCGAGGACCAGUUCACCCGGGGUCUCCGGCUGAUGUUCAAAACCCAUGAUGUCCCCAUCUGGCUUGUUUUCGCCGCCCAAGUCUUCCUAGACAUUCAUCACGCUUUGCGAGGCAAUGUCAGGAAAGCCUUUUCAGAUCUGAAGACCUCGGUCAGGUCCAUGGGGGCCAUCAAGGAGAACCUUGAAUUACAAUCCUCGCUAACCAUUGAGGGAUGGCUGAAGAAGGAUGACCGGGAAUACCAUUCUAUACUACAGGACAUUUACCGGUGGGUGGACUCGGACCCCGUGAAGGAGCUCAAAGCGAGACCCGGAGAGAGGUUCAAGUUCAUGAAAUGGAACCCCCUCUUUUGCGGGAUGCUCAACUACAACCUCCAAUGCUGCAUGGGGAUCAAUUAUGUAUCCGGCCCACCUGCACAACGCCGUCUGCAACGAUGGACUCAUCUGCCCUGGACCCCUGGUCGGCUCGUCAUAGAACUGAUCCUGGGCUGGCACAGCGAGAUCUUCGUCGCCGAGGCGUCGAGUUAG